AUGAGCGUUGUCGCAUUUCUUUUGCUUGAGUUACUUGCCAUAACAGCCAUCAAUAUUAGCUUCUGCAAUGGAAGCUCUUACAUGGGUUGUAUUCAAAGUGAGAGAGAAGCACUUUUAAGGUUCAAGCAAGAUCUUGAAGAUCCUUCCAACCGACUUGCAUCUUGGAAUGGUGACGGAGAUUGUUGCACAUGGGAAGGUGUUGUCUGCAACAACUUCACAGGCAACGUCCUUGAGCUCCACCUUACAAGUGAGUCCUAUCCCAUAUCAUAUGAUUUCUCUGCUCAAAUAGAUCGGCGAAGGUCAAGGUUUGGUGGUAAGAUAAAUCCCUCUUUGCUUAAUUUAAAGCAUUUGACUUACUUGGACUUAAGCGCAAAUAAUUUUAAAGAGAUUCAAAUUCCUGAAUUUCUUGGUUCUAUGGGUAGUCUAAGAUACCUUAAUCUCUCUUCAGCUGGAUUCGAGGGUAUAAUUCCUCACCAACUUGGAAAUUUAUCUAAUCUGCAAUAUCUUGAUCUCGGUCAUAAAAAUGAUUUCCAGUCAUUAUAUGUUGAGAAUUUUUCUUGGUUGUCCGGUCUUUCUUUGUUAAAGAAGCUUGAUUUGAGCGAUGUUAACAUAAGUAAAGCCUCAAAAGAGCUUCUGGUGAUAAAUGCACUUCCUUCUUUACAGUUUUUAAGUUUGUCAAAUUGUGGUCUUCAUCGCUUUCCUCCGUUGUCUUUUGUGAAUUUUUCAUCUUUAACCUUCCUUGAUUUGAGUGGUAAUAAUAUUCAAGGUACAAUACCUGAUGGACUUCAAAACUUGACAUCUCUUAAGUAUCUUAAUUUAGGUUACAAUGAUUUCAAUUCAUCAGUACCAAACUGGUUGUACAAACUUGGCCGUCUGGAAGACCUUUCCCUUGCUGGCAUCCACUGGCAAGGAACGAUUUCAAGUGCUGUAGGAAACUUGAGUUUUCUCAAAACACUUGAUCUCUCUUCUAGUAAUCUUGAAGGGGCAGUCCUGACAUCUUUUAGAAGAUUUUGCAACUUACGGUCAAUCUCUAUGUCAUUGAUGAAUUUGAAUCAAGACAUACAUGAAGUAUUAGAGUCUCUGUAUUUGGUUUGCAGUAAUCUUUUUGGUCAUUUGACAAAUCAACUCGGACAAUUUAAAAAUUUAGAAUUUCUUGAUCUUACUAACAACUCUAUUUCUGGUCCUUUUCCAUCAUCUUUGGGAGAGCUUUCCUCAUUGCGAAUUCUAGAUCUUUCAGAUAACAAAUUGAAUGAAACUCUUUCUGAAGUCCACUUUUCCGGUCUCACAAAAUUGAUAGGUUUUGCUGCAUCUGGAAGUUCUCUAAUGUUCAAAAACAGUGCUGAGUGGAUCCCGCCGUUUAAACUUCAAAUUUUGCUAUUGAGGUCGUGUCAUUUGGGGUCUCAAUUUCCAUCCUGGCUUCAUUCACAAAAGCAUUUACUUGUUCUAGAUAUAUCCAACUCAAGUAUUUUAGAUACUCUUCCUGCUUAUUUAUUUAAAGCCCCUUUCCAAAUUGUUCACCUGAAUCUCUCUCACAACCAAAUGUAUGGAAAGAUUCCAAAUCUAAUGGAGUCAUCAAAACUUGAUUCACUGGACUUAAGCUCAAAUAAUUUAUCAGGUCCAUUGCCUCUCACACCCUUCAACAUGCAUGAACUCAACCUUUCCAACAACAGUUUGUCAGGAUCAAUUUCUCACUUCUUGUGUUACAAGAUGAAUGAGGCAAAGAGAUUGAUGCAAAUUCUCAUCCUUAGCAAAAACUUCUUCCACGGAGAAUUACCAGAUUGUUUGGUGAAUUGGCAAGACUUAAUUGUCUUGAAAUUAAAUUACAACAAAUUUACUGGUAAUCUUCCAACCACCAUUGGAACUUUAAGUUUUCUUCAAUCACUACACCUUCGCAACAACAAGCUCUCUGGACCAUUACCUGUGUCAAUUAAAAAUUGUACAAAGUUACAAGCCUUUGACGCAAGUAAAAAUGAGUUUACUGGAAACAUUCCAGCGUGGAUAGGUGAAAGCUUUUCAAGAAUGAAAUUUCUCAACCUUCAUUCAAAUAAGUUUUAUGGACUUUUACCGGUGGAACUUUGCCAUCUCACUUCUCUACAAAUCGUAGACCUUGCGAAUAACAAUUUUUGGGGAAUCAUACCAAGGUGUAUCGGGAAUUUCAGUGCCAUGACUACUCAGAAUCAUUCUGUACAGGUGGAUGAAAACAAUAUUGACUAUUCGUCAGAUGCGUAUUUUUCUCCCGAGGAUUUUCUUGAGGAUGCGUCACUUGUGAUGAAAGGGAGGAUAUUCGAGUAUAGCACAAUUCUUAACUUGGUAAGAGCUAUAGAUCUUUCCAAUAAUAAUUUCUCAGGAGAGAUUCCGGUAGAAUUGACAAAUCUUGGAGCACUGAAAUUAUUGAAUUUGUCACAUAAUCAUUUUACCGGUAGAAUUCCUGAGAAUAUCGGUGUUAUGCUAUCGUUGGAGUGUGUUGAUUUUUCUGGAAAUAAGUUGUCUGGUAAAAUUCCACAGAGCAUUUCAAGUAUGUCGUUCUUGAGCUCCUUGAAUUUAUCCAACAAUAACUUAGUUGGAAAAAUUCCUUUGUCCACUCAGUUACAAUCCCUUGAGGCAUCUUCUUUCACAGGCAAUGAACUUUGUGGACCGCCACUUAUCAAGAACUGCACUGCAACUAUUCCAACGUCGGACCAUGAUAGUGGAGGAGGAAAUGAUGAUGGUAAUGAACAUGAAGUUGACUGGUUCUAUGUAGGCAUGGCACUUGGAUUUAUGGUGGGUUUCUGGGGUGUAAUAAGUCCUUUACUUAUCAGCAGGAGGUGGAGGGUUAUCCAUUUUCAUUUCUUGGAUAGCCUUUGGAUCAAAUUUUGCGCUAUCGUGAGAAAAUGUUUUUAG